CAAAAUCUUGCUUUUGCAAGCCUACUUUCGUUACUCCUACUACUCCUACAGUACUUCGGACGGCGUACACCCGCUUAUCCAUUCAUUUCUUUGCUGUGUCCUCGUCCAACUUCCAUUCCAUUCCCUCCACCACCUCGCCCUACGCCCAAAAAAAAGAAAUCCAAACAUAUCAUUGACAUCAGAAAUUCACAAUCACUAACGAUAUCCAUCAUGCCUUCUCUCGUUCGAACAGCGAUCAUCGUAUCCGUUGUUCUGAGUCUGGCUCACAGCAUCAGUGCAGGGGGAAGAUGUUGCCCGGGCGAUAAUAUUUGCUCAGGCUGUUGGAUGUGCAAGGGUAGUGAUCUUCGGGAUUGCUGGGAUCAGGCAACGCCUAUGCCUACAAAGUGCGAAGCUAUCUCGGAUCUACAAGAAAAGGCUGCAUGUUAUUGUAAAGGCUACGCCGCGAUCGCGAAAUGCUGGAGUCGCGGUACCUGUUGUACCGAAUAUGCCCCUACUCUUGCUGUGGCUACCGAUCUGUGUAACCUAGCGUCCUGGCCUUCCGAUCAGAUCACCUCAGCGAGACUUGACCAUUGCGUCAAGGAAGCUGCUCGCGUUGCUGAUGCGAUUUGGCAUAAUGACUCCGGUGUUGAUGUACCCAAGGCACAAUCGAGUAUUGAGCCUUACGCUGGAGGUCCUGUCGCGACCGGUGUAGCGCAUGUUAAACCCAAACCCGUCCACUCAGAAUCUUACGUAGGCUCACCCGCAGACCCACCACCACCCACAUCAUCGCAAAAUCGUUACCAAAAACACAAGUCGAGUGCUUCGCAUCACCAUCCAAGCUCACACUCACAUUUGGCCGAGAAGGAGAGAAAGAAGAAGGCGGCCAUGGAGAAAAAGAAACAACACUACGAGGAGAAGAAGAAAAAGAAGGAGUGGGAGGCAAAGCAGAGAGCUAAGAAAUUGGCUGACAAGAAGUGGAAAGAGCAUCACCAUCAAGAUAAGGGGGCCAAACACAGCGAGCGUGGUGAAGGAUGUAAGGAGAAGCGGAAUCAUACCAAACGUGCCAGCUAUACCACUCUCAACGUGUCUCCUGCUGAAAUGAACGACAUGAGGCUAGGAAAGCGUAAUGUUCUAUGUGGCAUCGACUUUCAAGGUGUCAAGCAUCCGAGCACAGUUCCUGAAUUGGUUCAGAAAGCUUAUGACGAGAUCUAAAAUCAAUCCUUCCACUCGCUUUUUGUCUUUCAAACCCAUUCACCUUCGUUUUUUUUUCUUACCUUUUCACUUUGAACAUAAUCAAAUUCUUUACUCAUCAAUCUUUUAUCUCGACAUUCUUCCCAAUCUCACUUUAGCUUCGCAUAUUUUAUUUCUCUUCUCUUCUCGUCUUAUUUUAUUUCACCUAGUGGCUUUAUGCUGCUUCUGAUUCACAUGGGUCGCAUAGAAGUCGAUCGAAGAGGACUAAGCUUUAUCUUGAUAAAUUAUUGUUCUCUUCUAUUUGAAUUUUCAAGUUUGGGCUCUGUGAAGCAGUUUACAAUUCUUUUUUUUAGUUUUCAUUCAAAUGAAUUUUCAUUUCGCUUGUCUUGACGACUUGCAAUACAACAUCUUUGUAACCAUUGUGUUUUGUAGUCAGUUUUUUGUUUGAAUUCGACUUGCAGUCACUGUGCCACCAUUACCUCGCU